AUGGCAACAGACAAUGUCUACGUUCUCUUCUACUUAUUGGCCUUCCUAUGCAUUCAACCCAACGUCUGCGACGGAGCUCUAACCUCAGGCUGCAUCCCUGCCGAAAGAAGUGCUCUACUUGAGUUCAAACGAGGCCUGAAAGAUCCUACCAACAGGCUGUCCUCUUGGGUGGGUGAAGACUGCUGCAAAUGGGAGGGUGUGACGUGCAGCAAUCAUACUGGGCAUGUCGUCAAGCUGGACCUCCAGAAUCCGCAUCCUUUCUCUGAUUUUGGUGACGAGCCAUACAACAACUGGACCUUAGGAGGUGAGUUGAGGCCUUCUUUACUUGGUCUGAAGCACCUAAAGUACCUGGACCUAAGCAUGAACGAUUUUGGAGGCAUUAAUAUUCCAGAAUUCAUGGGGUCAUUCCAUCAACUCCAAUAUCUUAACCUCUCCAGAGCUGGAUUGGGUGGACUCCUGCCUCACCAGCUGGGAAAUCUCUCCAAUCUGCAGUAUCUAGACUUAUACAAUGACUUGGAUCCCAAUUUUGUGGUUCCGGUCCGUGAAUUUAGCAUUGGUGAUGCACUCUGGAUUUCUCACCUUUCUUCUCUAAAGCAUCUCAACCUGAAGAGUGUUAAGUUUCAAAAUGGUACUCACUGGCUGGAAGCUCUGAACAUGCUUCCUUCUAUUCUGGAGAUAUACUUACCUCUCUGUGAAAUUGGAAGUGUUCCCUUUUCUCUUCCACAUGUGAACUUUACAUCACUGUCUGUUCUUGAUUUGUCGGAUAAUCUCAUUGACUCUCCGAUACCCUCUUGGUUAUCCAACAUAAGUGGCCUUGAGCACCUUGAUCUCAGUGAGAACGACCUUCAGGGUAAUAUUCCACCGACCUUUGGUAACUUGGCUUCCCUCAAGGAACUUAAUUUAGCUUUCAAUCCUCUUCAAGGAGGAAUACCCACUUCCUUCAAAAAUCUGUGCAAGUUGCAGAAUUUAAUAUUGCCAGGCAUCAAUAUCAGCCAAGAUUUGUUAGGACUCGAUGAAAGUUUUUCUGGUUGCGUCAAGAUGAGCUUAGAGAGUCUGGACUUAUCCAGCACGAAUAUUAGUGGGCAGUUGCCUGAAUGGUUAUUCCAACUCAGGAAGCUUAAAGUACUCAAUUUGGGGUGGAAUCUGAUUUCUGGUCCUAUUCCUUUGUCACUUGGACAACUAGCAUCACUCCAAGAGCUCUUUCUUGGUCAAAAUCAAUUGAACGAAACAAUACCAGAAAGCGUGGGGUGGCUGUCUCAACUAGUUUCUUUGGACCUUGAGUACAACAAUUUGGAGGGUGUAAUGUCUGAGGCGCAUUUUGGAAACCUCACGGAAUUGAAAGACUUAACUUUGUCGUCCAACUCCUUGGCUCUGAAGGUCAAGAGCAAUUGGAUUCCUCCCUUCCAGCUAGAAUCCCUUCGGAUGGGCUCUUGCAAACAGGGUCCUGAGUUCCCUGCAUGGCUCCAGUCGCAAAUAAAUAUUUUCGAAAUUGAUAUGUCUAAUGCUGGUAUUAUUGAUGCUAUGCCAAACUGGUUUUGGAGCUUAAUUUCCACAGCAGAGUACGUGAGUGUCUCCGGCAAUCAGAUCAGUGGCCACGUACCCAAUUUAUUGCAUUUAAAUAAUCUCGACUGGUUGGAUUUAAGCUCAAACUAUUUCGAGGGUCCUCUUCCAUUUUUCCCUCAUGGAAUAUAUUAUUUAGAUUUGUCAAAUAAUUCAUUCUCGGGAACAAUUUCACUUGACAUCAUCAUGAAUAUGUCUUACCUCACAUAUUUAUCGCUUUCAAAAAAUAAUUUAAGUGGCCAAAUUCCCUUCUUUGUAUGCCAACUGCAGGCCCUACAGAUUCUUGAUCUUUCAAAAAAUACGUUAUCAGGAGUGCUCCCCAAUUGUUGGAAUAAUUCUUCAAGUAUUAUAGUUAUGGAUUUUUCAAACAACAACAUAUCUGGAGUUAUUCCUGAGUCAAUAUGUUCCAUAGCAUCACUUCAGUCGUUGGACUUGAACAAUAAUAGUCUAUAUGAAGAGUUGCCCCUGUCCUUGAAAGAUUGUACGAAAUUAGUCAUUCUUGAUGCUGGACAUAAUGAUUUGAAAGGUGAAAUUCCAACUUGGAUUGGCGAAAGUUUAACUAGUCUGAGGUUCCUCAAUCUACGAUCAAAUAUGUUGGUCGGAGAUAUUCCUCCAAAUCUUUCAAAAUUGAGUUCUCUCCAAUUUCUCGACCUUGCAGAUAAUGAGCUAUCGGGAAUUAUUCCAAGGAGCUUUGGAAAUUUUACUGCCAUGAAAGUUAUUGGAAAGUUUUUAAGUUGGACCGAAGGUCAAAUUGGAUAUAAGGAGCAUAUGUUUAUUACAACUAAAGGAAACACUUACUCCUACGAUGAGUCACUUUCGUUUAUGAAUAUUUUGGACCUCUCGGAUAAUAACUUAUUUGGAGAAGUACUCGAAGAACUCGUAAGUCUUUCUGGCUUAUUCAGUUUAAAUUUAUCUGGAAAUCAUUUCACUGGAGAAAUCAUCGAAAAUAUAAGUAAAUUACAACAGUUGGAGUCCCUUGACUUGUCAAGGAACAACUUUUCCGGCACAAUUCCUUCUGGCCUCGCUGCCCUGACUUAUUUGGCUCACUUGAACCUCUCAUACAACAACUUGUCAGGGGAAAUUCCUCUUGGUAAUCAACUUCUGACCUUCACUGAUCCAUCUAUCUAUAUUGGCAAUCCUGGUCUUUGUGGGUUUCCUCUGAAUCAAAGUUGUGAGACAACACGAGGUCAAAAUAAUGCAGAUGAUAGAGAUGAGAAUGAGAUGAUAUGGUUCUACACGAGCAUGGCACCAGGAUUUGUUGUUGGUUUCUGGGCAGUCUGGGGAUCAGAAAACGUUGUUGUUCCCAGCAAGGAUGAUAAAUUUGAACAUCAAUAUCUGCUCUGCAUGGAUCUUCUUGGAUCUCAUGCUCAGAUCUUUUCAGUUGAUGAGUCUCCCAUUAAUGGGGGACAUGCUGCUGCAGCUGAUGGAAUUGGGCCGAAGAGGCUUUCACAUGCAUGUCAAUGUGACAAGGAUGAUAUGUGCACGCAAGAAUGA